GUGCGAAGAAUGCCCUGGGGGUUAGGACCCACCGCUGGAGGGGUCCAAAAUUAGAAAAGGGGUCGGGGUCAAAUUAAUUUCGGGUUGCGAAGAAUGCCUUGGCGGUUAGGACCCAUCGCCAAAGGGAUCCAAAAAUUAAAAAGGGGGUCGGACUCUUACUUAAUGGGGGUCAAACUAAUUUCGAGGUGCCAAGAAUGCCCUGGCGCAGUGAAGAUGAAGAGGAGGAAGACGAGGAGGAGGAGGAAGAGGAUGAAGAGGAUAAAGAGGGGGAGAGGAAUCAGGAUGGAAUGCUGGAGGACGAGGAGGAUGAAAGUGAGGAUGAAGAGGAGGAUGAAGAGGAGGAUGACGCUGAGAUGACGACACCGGAGGAGGGGCAAAGGGAUGAAGAUGAUAAGGGUGAGGAAGAGGAUACGGAGGAAGAAGGAGAGGAAAAGGAAGAGGAGGGAGAGGGGGGCAAAGAGGAGGACAAAGAGAAGGACAGAGAGGACGACAAAGCGAAGGACAGAGAGGAGAACAGAGAAGAGGGUGGUCUAAGUAGAUAAGGAGCAGUGUGCCCAGCGAGUCCCUCUGAACAAGCGGUGAAAAUGUCGGUAGCUGUUUUGCGUGAUUUCUACAAGUCUAGUCAAUUGAAGCCUGCACUCGGAAACAGAGGAGUCAAAGAACGGACGAUCUCUAGACGAUCUCGUGAUGUCCCCUUGAACGAUUUGGGCCCCUAUAGCGGUGGGUGCCGACUUAAAGCUAAGUCGAUUUAUAGUCCUAUAAAUCAAUGUUGCWAAACAGA